CGGGGAUGCGGAGCCCCCGCGGGGACCGCAGGAAAGGGCCAUUGCCACUUUAAAUGACUCAGGAAGUGAAAGGAGGCCGCCUGACGGGGACAGGGAAAGUGGAACCGGGGUGGCACGGAGCCCAGAUCUCCGAUCUCGCUGGGGCAGCGAGAGUCCAAGCAGACCGCGCGCGGGGGGCCAUCAGGGGCGCCGGCGCCGCACCGGAAGUGCCCGGGCCCCGAGGAAGCGCAGGGGGCGGGGGGCGGCGGGGCGGGCGGGCAGGCCCUCUGCUCCUCGGCCGGCGGGCUGCCCGGAGCUGGCGGCAGCGGCGCCCCAGUCCCAGCCCCGCUCCCGCAUCCCACGCGGCCGCUUCCCUGGGACCGGUUCGGCUGGGAGGAGGACGUGAGGAGCCCGCGGAGCCCAGCGGCGAUCUGGGGGGCCCCCAGGCCUGGGCCUGUCACCGCAUCCGCAUGGCCUCCGGAGUGGGCGCGGCCCUCGAGGCGCUGCCGCACGACGGCACGUGUGACCAGUGCGAGCCCGACGAGGCGCCGGGGGCCGAGGAAGUGUGCCGGGAAUGCGGCUUCUGCUACUGCCGCCGCCACGCCGAGGGCCACCGCCUCAAGUUCCCCGGGCACCACCUGGGCCCGUACGUGCACGGCGCCGCCCAGGCCUGGGCCCCCCGGGGCCCGGGGGAAGGCGCGGGGCAGGCCGGCGCGCAGGCCCAGGUGGAGGAGGCGGGCGACCUAGAGAGCGAGGCGGGGGAGGAGAGCGAGUCCCGGGAAGACAGUGACUCCGUAGAAGAGAGCGAGACGGAGGAAGAGAGCGAGGGCGACAGUGAGGAAGACAUGGAGGACGAGCAAGAGAGCGAGGCGGAGGAAGACAACCACGAAGAUGGAGAGUCGGAGGCGGACGGGGAAACUGAGGCAGAGAGCGAAUUUGACCCAGAGAUAGAGAUGGAGGCGGAGAGAGUGGCCCAGAGGAGGUGCCCGGACCACGGGCUCGACUUGAGCACCUACUGCCAGGAAGAUACGCAGCUCAUCUGUGUCCUGUGCCCGGUCAUCGGGGCCCACCAGGGCCACCAGCUCUCCACCCUGGACGAAGCCUUCGAAGAGCUCCGAAGCAAAGACUCAGGCGGAUUAAAGGCGGCAAUGAUAGAAUUGGUGGAAAGGUUAAAGUUCAAGAGCUCAGACCCUAAAGUAACUCGGGACCAGAUGAAGGUGUUUAUACAGCAGGAAUUUAAGAAAGUUCAGAAAGUGAUUGCUGAUGAGGAACAGAAGACCCUUCAUCUAGUGGACAUUCAGGAAGCGAUGGCCACAGCUCAUGUGACUGAGAUUCUGGCAGACAUCCAAUCCCACAUGGACAGGUUGAUGACUCAGAUGGCCCAAGCCAAGGAACAACUCGAUACCUCUAACGAAGCAGCUGAGCCAAAGGCAGAGGGUGACGAGGAAGGACUCAGUGGGGCCAGUGACGAAGAGGACACAUGAAGGCUCGCCAUCCCCAGCGGAGAACCAUUCCUUCCCCCUGUGUGUGUGUGACAGCGUGUAUGUAACGGCUUCUGACUCUGUGAAAGCUGCCCGGCAACCAAUGUCCUUCCACCCAUACGUCCCCAGGCCUCAGCAGGCACAUAGCUCUCCGGGGAUGCCCGUUUCAUGCUCGCUGACGGUGUGCUUCUCAUUCUUGUGUCGUGGUGGGUUAAGGAAGAGUCCCCCUUUGAUCAAUCAGGAGCAGUUGGGAAGGGUCCUUCAGGUAGCCCCUCCAUGGCUGCUUUGAACUAAGAAAGCCAGCCCCUGGAAUAUUAGGGACCCAGACAUACCUCCUCACUAGGAAGACUCUGGAGUAACCUUGAAGGGCAGUCAGAAUAUUUUCCCUACCUGCCACCUUAUUCCUAUUGGAGCAUGAAAUAAAUGGGGCAGAGUAGGGCUGGAACCACAUAAAUCAUCUCUAAAAGUCCAGUGCAUUUGUGAAAAGGUGGUUUCUUGAAAUAAGAUGGAUGGUUUAAAGACAGGGUUGGAGAAAGAGUUAAAAUUCAGACAUAUAUAGAGAUAUUUUUAGUACAUGAGGUUAUCCAGGACUUCAGAUUCAUAAUCCAGUGCUGUGGAAAUGAAAAAAAAAAAAAAAAAGAUUGAAGACUUAGAAAGGAAAUAACAUUAAAAAAAAGAGGACCAAAGAGAUCUGAUUAAACGUUGAAAUCAGUUUUCUGAA